ACACAGCCAAUCGGCAUGCGACACGCUGGGAUGCGAGGUUCAUAAACCCGGUCUUUGAAGUGUUUCAGUCGUGUCUCUAAUCGAAGAAGAAACAGUGACGGUGUCGUGAAUAGUCGAUUUCUGAAACGGAUUGCGUCGCAAGUACGACAAUUACUAGUAACUUUCAUCAGCAAGCGUUGAUAGCUAGUCCAAAAUGAGACUGCACUUCUUGUUCGGUGCAAUCUGCCUUAUGGCAGCUGUCACCUUCGCUUCGAAGGAUGACAAGAAUAAAGACAUUGGAACUGUUAUUGGUAUUGACUUGGGAACAACGUAUUCUUGUGUCGGUGUUUAUAAGAAUGGCCGCGUUGAAAUCAUUGCCAACGACCAGGGUAACCGCAUCACUCCCAGCUACGUGGCCUUUACCGCCGAUGGCGAACGCCUUAUCGGUGAUGCCGCCAAGAACCAGCUGACUACUAACCCUGAGAACACCAUUUUCGACGCUAAGCGUAUGAUUGGGCGAGAGUUCACCGACUCUGCCGUUCAGUCAGACAUGAAGCAUUUCCCCUUCAAGGUUAUUGAGAAGAACAGCAAGCCCCAUAUGGAGGUCGAGACUUCUCAGGGCACCAAGGUCUUUGCCCCUGAGGAGGUUUCCGCUAUGGUCCUUGUCAAAAUGAAGGAGACUGCUGAAGCUUACUUGGGAAAGAAGGUUACUCAUGCUGUGGUCACUGUGCCUGCCUACUUCAACGACGCCCAGCGUCAGGCCACCAAGGAUGCUGGUACCAUUGCUGGUCUCCAGGUGAUGAGAAUCAUCAACGAGCCCACCGCCGCUGCCAUUGCUUACGGUCUGGACAAGAAGGAAGGCGAGAAGAACGUUUUGGUCUUCGAUUUGGGCGGCGGCACCUUCGACGUGUCCCUGCUGACCAUCGACAACGGCGUGUUUGAGGUGGUUGCCACCAACGGUGACACUCACUUGGGAGGCGAAGAUUUCGAUCAGCGAGUCAUGGACCACUUCAUUAAGCUGUACAAGAAGAAGAAGGGCAAGGACAUCCGCAAGGACAACCGCGCCGUGCAGAAGCUGAGACGUGAAGUCGAGAAGGCAAAGAGAGGUCUGUCCUCCGCCCACCAGGUCAAGAUCGAAAUCGAAAGCUUCUUUGAGGGAGAUGACUUCUCCGAGACCCUGACCAGAGCCAAGUUCGAGGAACUGAACAUGGACCUCUUCCGCUCCACCCUGAAGCCCGUGCAGAAGGUGCUCGAGGACGCCGACAUGAACAAGAAGGACAUCGACGAGAUCGUGUUGGUCGGUGGCUCCACUCGUAUCCCCAAGAUCCAGCAGCUGGUGAAGGAAUUCUUCAACGGCAAAGAGCCUAGCCGAGGCAUCAACCCCGACGAGGCUGUCGCCUACGGUGCCGCUGUGCAGGCUGGAGUUCUCUCCGGAGAGCAGGACACUGACGCCAUCGUCCUGUUGGACGUCAACCCUCUGACCAUGGGCAUUGAAACCGUCGGCGGAGUGAUGACCAAGCUGAUCCCCAGGAACACCGUCAUCCCCACCAAGAAGUCUCAAAUCUUCUCCACCGCCUCUGACAACCAGCACACCGUCACCAUCCAGGUGUUCGAAGGAGAGCGUCCCAUGACCAAGGACAACCACUUGCUUGGAAAGUUCGAUCUGACCGGAAUCCCUCCUGCGCCCCGCGGAGUGCCUCAGAUCGAGGUCACCUUUGAAAUCGACGCCAACGGCAUCCUGCAGGUUUCCGCCGAGGACAAGGGCACCGGCAACAGGGAAAAGAUCGUCAUCACCAACGACCAGAACCGACUGACCCCUGACGACAUCGACAGAAUGAUCAAGGACGCUGAGAAGUUCGCCGAUGAGGAUAAGAAGCUGAAGGAGCGUGUCGAGGCCAGAAACGAACUUGAGUCUUACGCCUACUCGCUGAAGAACCAGCUCGGAGACAAGGACAAGUUGGGCGCCAAAGUCAGCGACAGUGACAAGACCAAGAUGGAAGAGGCCAUCGACGAGAAGAUCAAGUGGUUGGAAGAAAACCAGGACGUCGACUCUGAGGACUACAAGAAGCAGAAGAAGGAGUUGGAAGAUGUCGUGCAGCCGAUCAUUGCCAAGCUUUACCAGGGUCAGGGCGGUGCUCCUCCUCCACCAUCCGGAGGGGACGACGAUGACCUUAAAGACGAGCUGUAGACUGAUCUCUCCUUACUCCUACACUGAAAUUCCGUUUUUUUUUCUAUUUUGAUCUGAGAGUCGCUGAAAUUUGACCGCUCAUUCAUCAGUAUGUAGUUGGCCAUUGGGAGUUGGUUUUUACAUUAAACGCUGAUUCACGAGGGCGCCACUUUUGCGUUUGUUAAUUUAUUAUUAUAUUUCAUCCAGCACAAAGAUUCCCCACAUUAUCAAAUGUCAAACCUUUCACUCGCCGUUGUUGAAACGCGACUGCUUUGUGCUAGGUGAAUGAAUUUGGCCGGCAGAAAUUUGUGUUACGGGUGCGUGUCUU